AUCUUUGUAGUCGAGUGCCUCCCACUUGCUGGAACGGACGGCAUUCAAGAGCACGACAAAUUGGAGCCACUUGCUCAUUGUUAGAGAAGUUGAAGCAAUUGGCAGUAGCACAUCAGCCUCAGCCUAUAGGGAUCAGAUGACAUACACUGUUGAUGCCAUUCAAACCUAUAUGCCUGAAAUGGUAGAAUUGCUUGUUGACUGUGUUAGAAACCCUGCUUUCUUGGAGUGGGAAGUCAAUGAAGAGUUGCAAAAGGUGACAGCAGAACUGGGGGAAAUCUCAAAAAAUCCUCAAGCGUUACUC